UAAACUACAAAGAAUCUGUUUUCUCCAAACCGAAACUGACUAAUCUCCGACUUCCCGUUUCUCUGACUUUGCCACUGUUAAACUUACGCCACUCGCAUCCCCACAAAAACCCACACAGAAAGAUGCCAAAUUAACACCUUCUAGGCUUUCUUUGUUCUGUCUGCGUCUCUGUCUUCGGUUUCUUCCCGUCCCAUGUUGAUGUACGUAGCACCAACAUACAUCCACACACCCUUUCUUUUCAUAUCGUCCUUUUGAUUUCGCAAUGGCUAACAACAACACCAACCACAAACCCACCACCACCAAGAAGGAAGCUCAGGCCUUGCUCCUCGGCCGCUUCGAGGUCGGUAAGCUCCUUGGCCAUGGCACCUUUGCCAAGGUCUAUCAUGCCCGCAACGUCAAGACCGACGAGAGCGUCGCCAUCAAGGUUAUCGACAAGGAGAAGAUCCUCAAGGGUGGCCUCAUCGCCCACAUCAAGCGAGAGAUCUCCAUCCUCCGCCGAGUCCGCCACCCCAAUAUUGUCCAGCUUUUCGAGGUCAUGGCCACCAAGUCCAAGAUCUUCUUCGUCAUGGAGUUGGUCCGCGGCGGCGAGCUCUUCAACAAGGUCGCCAAGGGUCGCCUCAAGGAGGACGUAGCCCGCAAGUACUUCCAGCAAUUGAUCUCCGCCGUCGGAUUCUGCCAUUCCCGUGGCGUCUUCCACCGCGACCUGAAGCCCGAAAACCUACUUCUCGACGAGAACGGCGAUCUCAAGGUCUCCGAUUUCGGUCUCAGCGCCGUUUCCGACCAGAUUCGCCAGGACGGGCUGUUCCACACGUUUUGCGGCACGCCGGCCUAUGUUGCGCCCGAGGUUUUGGCACGGAAGGGGUACCAGGCGUCGAAGGUGGAUAUUUGGUCCUGUGGGAUUGUACUCUUCGUUUUGAUGGCCGGCUAUUUGCCCUUUCACGAUCAGAACAUAAUGGCUAUGUACAAAAAGAUUUACAAGGGCGAAUUUCGAUGCCCGCGAUGGUUCUCUCCGUCGCUGACUCGGCUCCUUACCCGUCUUCUGGAUACAAAUCCGGAAACCCGGAUUACGAUCCCGGAGAUCAUGGAGAACAAGUGGUUUAAAAAAGGGUUUAAGCUCAUCAAGUUCUAUAUCGAGGAUGACAAGCUUUGUAAUGUCGUGGAGGAGAAGGAGGAGGCGGAUGAGGAUGAAAAGUCGGCCUCGGACCAAUCCGAAUCGGACUCGGACUCAGGGUUCGAUACGAGGAUUACAAGGAGGGUGAAUACAUUGCCGAGACCGGCGAGCUUGAACGCGUUCGACAUCAUAUCAUUCUCGCGCGGGUUCGAUCUCUCCGGGUUGUUCGAGGAGAGAGGAGAGGAGGCGAGGUUCGUAUCGGGCGCGCCGGUGUCCAAGAUUAUAUCGAAACUGGAGGAAAUCGCGAAGCUGGUGAGCUUCACGGUGAGGAAGAAGGAUUGCCGGGUCAGCUUGGAGGGGUCGAGGGAGGGCGUGAAGGGACCGUUAACCAUUGCCGCCGAGAUUUUCGAGUUGACGCCGUCGUUGGUGGUGGUGGAGGUGAAGAAGAAAGGCGGAGAUAGAGGAGAAUACGAGGACUUCUGCAACAGAGAAUUGAGACCCGGUUUGCAGAAUUUGAUGCUAGAGGAAGCCGCCUGUUCGUUUUCAUCUGCUUCAGUCCAAACACCUUCGGAAACUUCUUCGUUUCUACCUUCGGUUACUUCUUCAUUUCUACCUUCGGAUACUGAAUAAAGGAUAAAGGAAGAGAAAGAAACAGAGGGAAAGAAGGGAGAAGGGGCUUGUGGAAAGUUGGCUAUGUAUUAAUCAAUGGAGGCCUUUUGAGCAGUGGAGCUUAAUUUUGUGAAGGUGUUGACGCUAAGCCCUAAAUUUUGAUUUGGAAACUUUGACAAUGGAGUGCAAUUUAGUUACAGGCAUUCUGACUUAGAGCUGCUUUGUAAAGGGAUUUUUUUUUUUUCUAAAUAUGACUG